CGCGUAAUAGUGGCGCGCUAUCCACGGUAUCUGGACAGCAAGCUGUACUAGGCACAACAACUCUAACGGGGAACGUUGGCUGCUGGAAGCAUAGUUAUGCGGAUUAACAAAAAGCGGCAUUGUUUUUGUGUUUUGGGAAGACCAAACAAUGUCCAACGAGAAGAUAAACAUAUUGAUCGUUUAUAUACUUUGCUUGGCUUCGGUUGCGAACGCAGGGCAAACCUUUGAAAGCAAAGUAUCUCAACUGCAGCGUGAUGAGCCAGAGAACAUUAAAUGCUUUUCUGAGAGAAUGAGGGACUUAACCUGCUUCUGGGAGGAAAAGGAGCAGAGAAAUGGUUCUUCUGAUCAGUACACAUUUACCUAUACCUACCAAUACCAGAAUGAAAACAGCAGUGUGUGUGCCAUAUCUGAACUGCCUAUGCUGGGAGCUAGUGGUAGGAAACUGUUUGUCUGCAGGCUGACCCGGAUCGAGUUCUUUGUGACUCUCCACCUGUGUGUGUUUCAUGGGGGGCGGAAACUCUACAAUCGCAGUCUCCUCAUUGACCAUGUCUUCCUGUUGGAUCCUCCUGCUAACCUCUCUGUAGUGAGCACAGGGAAACUAGGGCAGCUCAAUGUGAGCUGGUUGCCUCCUGCCCUCAAGUACAUGGAUGACAGUAUGAUGUACGAGGUCAGAUAUGUGGUGGAAGGGAGCGCCAGAAAGACGGAAGUGGUGAUGGGGAACACAAGGCUGACCCUGCGUGGCCUUCAACCAAGCAGCAAAUAUGAAGUUCAGGUCCGAGUAAAACCUGACGGCAUCACAUAUAAUGGUUACUGGAGUGCUUGGUCUGACCCUGAGUUUGGGACUACUGUACCAAUUGAUAUGGAUCCCCUGAUUGUGGCAUUAGUUCUCAUCAUCACCUUAAUCCUUAUGGUGCUGUCACUCACUGUGCUUCUGUCCUAUCACAAAUUCCUGUUAAAAAAAGUAUGGCCUGAUAUCCCUUCACCUGAGCACAAGUUCCAAGGUCUCUUCACUGUCUACAAAGGAGACUUCCAGAAGUGGCUGGGCCACAGUAGUGGCAACAGCCGGGUAGUGCACGUGUACAAUGAAGAGCUUCCAUCUCCCCUAGAAGUUCUGUCUGAGGCCAGCGUGGCACCGCCUCUGCCAAGUCACAAAAAUGCCCUGAGGCCAGCACCCACCACGAGAGUGGCUUCUUUCCUCAGAGAACAGCCAGAGGCCAUGGAAGAGGUGGUCAAUCAGCUGGACACAAGGGGCAUCGACACAUAUUUGACAGACACAUUGCAAGAACCUUCUCAUGCCCACUGGUUGAUGGAGCAGCUGAGGACUCUUCAGGAGCAUCCAGAGGCCCUCACUCAGUCAUUCCUUGAAUCACAAGACACAUAUGUCACACUUAAUCAGAAUUCGCAACAUCCCCGGGCAGAGGGAGAAGGGCGAGGGAAUGACGCCCUGGACGAAUUGCUGCCUCUGCAGGCCCUGUUUGCCAGCAGAGAAACCUCACUGUUGGCUGUCUCACAUUCUGAUCUCGGCUCCCUCCAGCAAAGCUCUGGGUCAGGAAGACUCUCUUUGCAGUCGAGCUUUGAGUAUCCAAACCACACAUGGGUGCCUAAAGGGCUGGAGUACACUUACAUGGCUGUGGCUGACUCUGGUGUCUCCAUGGACUACAGUCCAAUGAGCUCCAGCAGGACAGUGAACAUGAGCAAAGGCACCAUCUAUCCCAACGAGUACAAGAAUGACAUUCUUGGUCUCAGGCAGCCACUGUCUGGUCGACCAAUACACUCUUGGCUCUGAACAAAAGCUUGUGUAGAACAUUGAAAGGACAAAGACUUUUUUUAAAAAGUGCUCACACCAAACCAUGCUGGAAAGGCAUGUCUAGGAAUGCCCUGUAUGGACUUUUUGGACAGAACAGAAUUUGGUGAAGUUUCUGAAAUUCUGAACUGUUGAGUGGAUAAGUGCUUACUGAAGGGAUAACUGAAGUGGAAAAUGAGUUCAAAGCCAUAGAUGGAUAGAUAGAUAAACAAAUACCUCUGGCAGCUGUUGAAGUUAAAUAAUACCUAAUUCACAUUCUGUACGGCACACCAUAUGUAACUAACCACCUUUUAAAAAUAUAGAUUUUUAAAUACAUGUUUAAAUAUGUAAAUUGUGGAAAGCUGAUUAAAUUUGCUUUCCCCAUAAACCUUAUUUUCAGCCUUAUUUUGUUCUUGUUGUUUUGGUGUGUGUGUGUGUUUUGUUAGUCAUCCUUCUUAUUACAGAAGUUCCACUGUUGUAAAAACUGUAGAUAUUUUUCUUAUCCUCUGUAAAUAUAUGGAGAUGUAACAAUUAUUUUGAAAUGUAACUACCAAACUUUCAAAAUUCUUUGCAGACACAAUCAACAAGAGUAUUUAAUUGUGCAUGUUUUGUCUCCUGUCUUCUAUAAGUUAGGUCCAAGAUCAGUUUGUUUUGCAUCUUUAUUGUUAUUGUUAUUGUACCAAUGUAACCAAACUUCACAAAUCUCCUUCAAAUGCUGAGUGUGUCUCAAAUUGACCCCGUGUUCCAUACACA